AUGUCUAAACCUCUCAAGGUCGGCGUCCUUGGACCCAAAGGGCAGUGCGGACAAUGUGUCGUCGAUGAGCUUUUGUCUCGAAACCAUUCGGUUGUCGGCAUAUCCCGGUCGCCACCUAGUACGUGGCCUAAGACCGGCGACUACAGCUCAAUCGCGGUUGAUUUCAGUGACACCGCGACAUUCAGUUCUGUUCUUUCCGAAGGAGGAUUCGACGCCGUCGUGUCCGCGUUCGGACCACCUCUAAAUGACCUGAAGGAUGUCUACCGACUUGGGGUGGAAGGCCACGGUAACAUCAAAAUGGCAAUACUGAAGUCCUCCUUCCGUGGUCCAUUCAUCAUCAUUGGAGGUGCAGGCUCUCUGUACUACAAGAACGGGGUACAACUAUGUGACGAUAAAUUGUUUGCAUUCCAUCAUUGGUAUCAAUGGCCCGAUGUCCACCUGGAGUAUAUGGCAGCGCGCAUGUUCGAUCAUUCACAGCGAGGACUCGCCACCUUCAUCCGUCUCUUCAAGUGGGCAAGGUCGACUCGUCAGAAUCCCGGUUGGAUCUCGUGGCUCAGCCGGCCGCUGGCCAAUUACUUUUUGCGCACAGCGGAAGAUAAAUUGACUGAUCCCUACACCAUCGGCCUGAUCAUGUGCUCUCGCAUGGCCUUGACUAUGUGGGAGGGCGUGAGAGAUACCCCGUGGAGCUUUCUAUCUCCUCCUUGGCAGUUACGCGACAAGGGCAUCCGUACUGGGAACUAUGAAGUACAUGUGGAUGACGCGUGCGGGUCUGCAGAAGACGGCAUUCACGGAGGUAUCUACAACGAGGACAUGGCCGUCGCCAUCGCCGACGAGGUCGAAAACAAUAGAUUGAACCACAAGCAUUGGACAUGCACGGGGCCUAUUGGGUUGAAGGAAUGGUAA